AUGCUGAGCCCAGGAAGCCGGCGUGCAGUUGCUUCGACUUUUUGGAGACAAUGGUUUUCCCUCCUCAUCGGCUUGCUCAUCGGGUGGCUGGCCUUCUCGCCGAAAUCUUGGUUAACGCGCGACCUUUCCUCCGCAAGGCCAACUAUUGAUGUUGCCGACAGAAGCAUUGUUCAUCAGACGGCGGAAGGAAAGAGCGCCAGCGACGCGCCCACCAAAAAUCGAAUAUCUCCAGAUGCGGCUUGGCCAAAGAUUUUCUGUAUGAUCAACUCCAUCCCCGGACAUCAAUCCCGCCGCAAGGCUGUCAAUGAUACCUGGGUCAAGCAUUGUGAUGGCCACAUUUAUGUCAGCACGAAGUUGGACGACACCAAAGAGCCCGCUUCCGAAUUCUGGACGUUCAAUUUCACCGAAAAGCAUGCGAUCAACAGUCAUAUCUGGAUCUGGGACCGUCUUCGCGCCUCAAUUCGACGCCUUGAAAAGGAAAAGGGGAAUGAGUACGACUGGUUUCUGAAGGCCGACGAUGACACGUUCGCGGUGAUUGAAAACCUAAAGGAGGCUCUCAAGGGUCUCAACCCGGAUGAGCCGCUCUAUAUGGGGGCCAUGCUGAAAUAUAUGGACCAAUCGCUGGCAAAACGCCCGAGGGAUUUCAUCUAUCCGAGCGGCGGUUCGGGGUACGUUUUGUCGCGGGGCGGGUUGAAGAAAUUCGUCGAAGUCAUCAACGAGUCCAAUGGGGAAAAGUGCCGCAACACCACUUAUUUACACGAAGAUACCGAGGUAGGAUGGUGUCUGCAAAGCGCGAAAGUGGCCGUGCUGGAUUCGGUGGACUUAGAUGGAAAGCAUAGGAUGCUACCGAUUGACGUGAUGGACAUCAUCCACCCAACGCGCGCCGAGAGCCAUUCGGAUCGUGGAUGGGCCCGUCAAUCGCUUGUGAAAACUUUGGCCGCGGGUCCAGAUUGUUGUUCUCCUCAUAUUAUCACAAUUCAUUAUGUUUCUGAUAUGUUGAUGUAUACGUAUUAUUAUCUCGUCUAUGAUGUCAUCGUUCCCGGUCGUCUUUCCGGCGAU